GGCCGGCCGGCUUCCAGUGUUGGGCUCCGGCCGCCGGUGCCGCCGGGCCGCUCCGGGGCCGGGCCGGGGCGGGGCGCGGCGGCAGGAAGCGGGGCGGAGACUCGCGGAGGCUUUGGGGAGCGAAGGAGGGCGCGGCCAAUUCCCGGAGGGACGGCAGGCCCAGAGAGCGGAGCCCCGGCCUGGCGCCGAGCCUGAGCCCGCCGGACGGGAGGCGGCCUAGCCGCGGGCUCGGCCUCGGCCCCAGCCCCGCCAGCAUGGCCGGCCGGACCGUGCGGGCCGAGACCCGGAGCCGGGCCAAGGAUGACAUCAAGAAGGUGAUGGCGACCAUCGAGAAGGUCCGGAGAUGGGAGAAGCGCUGGGUGACUGUGGGUGACACUUCCCUUCGUAUCUUCAAGUGGGUGCCAGUGGUGGACCCCCAGGAGGAGGAGCGACGGAGGGCAGGUGGCGGGGCAGAGAGAUCUCGAGGCCGGGAGCGUCGGGGCAGGGGCGCCAGUCCCCGAGGGGGUGGCCCUCUCAUCCUGCUCGAUCUCAAUGAUGAGAACAGUAACCAGAGUUUCCAUUCGGAAGGCUCCCUGCAAAAGGGCACUGAGCCCAGCCCUGGGGGCACCCCCCAGCCUAGCCGCCCUGUGUCACCUGCCGGACCACCAGAAGGGGUCCCAGAGGAUGCUCAGCCCCCAAGGCUGGGCCAGGAGAGAGAUCCUGGGGGCAUAACUGCAGGCGGUACUGAUGAACCCCCAAUGCUGACCAAGGAGGAGCCUGUGCCAGAAUUGCUGGAGGCUGAGGAUUCGGGAGUGAGGAUGACAAGGAGAGCCUUCCAGGAGAAAGGCCUGAAAACAGAGCCCCUCAGGAGGCUCCUUCCCAGGAGGGGCCUCCGGACAAAUGCCCGGCCCAGUUCCGCCGUGCUGCCAGACGCCAGAGCUCCCGGGGGAGGAAGCAAGGCCCUGAGGGCACCCAGGACGAUACCCCAGGGGAAGGGGAGGUGAGCUGGCUCCCCAGGCAAGGCGAGGCCCUUAGCCUCCGACGGCUGCCCCAAGAUCCAGCCACCCACCUGUGCCCGGAGGCGGGAAAGAGCUUCCCAGCUCAACAGCCACCAAGGGACACAUGGGGGGAGGGGGGCGACAAGCGGCCCUAGCUUGCCCUGAACCCAAGGUCACAGCACCCAUCUUGCUCGUGCCCGGCUCUCGCACAGGGAGUCGGCCCACCGGCACCCCAAGUGUGGGAAGGCCUUCUGGCACAACUCAGACCCCACCCAGCACCUGAGGACGCAUCGCAGCCAGAGGACCUGCCUGCGCCUGGGUGCGGGGUUGGUGCCUGGCCACCUCCUCCCGCACCCGCGCUCCCAGUGGCCCAGGUGUACGCGCGGUGCGCCGGCGCCUCCACCCCCGCAGCAGGGCAACACCUCACCGACCGCCCAGCUGCCCCCCGGCCUCCAGCCGCCGGCCACACCUGGAGAGGCCCCAGCACGCAGGAGACGCUGCGCGGCGCCGCCCUCCCCCCACCCGCUGCCUCCCACCUGCCCAGAAGGCCCACGGAUGCCAGGACUGUGAAUCGGUUACCUCGGUCGCCAGAGGACGUGAGGCAAGAGCUUCCACCAGGUGCCAACCUCGCGGUCCCCUGGGAACCACGUGGGCGAGGGGCCUUUCCGCCCAGGCACCCUCUCAACGCCUCCCGCCGCUGGGCCUGCAUGGGACAGGGAAGGCGGCCUGGGCCAGCGGGUAGGGCCCAAGGCUUCUGGUGCAGCCCUGAGCCAGCCCAAGAAGACCUGGAAAAUCCCCACCUGGAGAAGGCCAAGGGCGAAUGAGCCCUCUGAGUGGUUCCAAGGGCUUUCACCAAGCUCUUACUUGCCGACUCCACUGCUGGGCCUUUCAAACUACGAAAUAGUAACAUCUCCCAUUUAUUGAGGGCUUACUCUGUGCCAGGCUUUGUGAUUUAUGGGAAUUAUCUCAUUUAAUCCUCAGAAUAUCCCUGUGAUAUUGGUGUUCUCAUUAUCAGCAUUUUACAGAUGGAGAAACUAAGUCUCAGAGAGGUUAAGGGACCUGCCCAAAGUCAUACAGCCAGCAUUCAGACCCAGGUCUGCGGGCCUGACUCCACAGCCCACCCUGCUGCACUGCUCCUCCUGCUGGUACACGAGUUAAGGGUACAGGUUUGACAGGGCAUCCAUUUAUGGAGCAUCCAUUUUUCUUGUGGUAAUUAUACAAACACUUUUUAUACUAAAGUGAGCAAAUCCUCCCUGGAAUUAACAUUUGCACCACUGAUUGAGAUGAAACUUGAGAUGUCAUAGAAAUUUCAUGUUAAGGCCAGUGCUUCAGGCUCAGCCCAUGGAUCCCUGAAGUGACCUCUCCUCAUACCUCUGCCUUUAGAGAGAUGUUGGCAAAGGGUUCUCUGCUCCAGGACCAGCAGCUGUGUGGCGCCUUCCUGGAGACCAAGGAAGAGACCCCUGCGUUGCUUGCCAUCCCACUGGGUGCCUUAGGAAGUUCAUCCAGUUCCUCUGGGUUAAGGUUUCCAAAUUCCCAACAGAUAAUUAAUCUUCAGGAUUUGGGACUGAAAAGUAGGAAUUCUUAGCAGUUUCUGAAAUCAUGUUAUUCUGUAUUUUUCAUAACUUUCUGUAUUUUUUUUAAUAAAUAAGAAAUACACAUUAAGUAGUAAUUACAAAAAAUUGUAGGCUAUAGCAAAUAUUCAAAAACCAGAAAAUGCCAGAGAACAUUUUGGGUAGUAGUCAGAUGACAAAACAUUUAAAUCUUCAGCAAGAUUAACUGCCCUACACAGAAUCAUGUGUUGAAAUUGCCAAUUUAAGCACUUGUUUCCAAAACUUAUUUCUUAGAACAUCAUUCAUAGGAUUUGUAUAAAAUAUAUGAUACAUGUAAACAGAUUAAUGUUUAUCUUAUUUGUGAGAAUGACUUACUGUUAACAACAGACAGGGCCACAAAUACACUUUUAAUAUGGCAAUAGCUACAAAAAAGACUGAUUAGAUUGUGACCACUUCUCUCCUAUGUGCUCCUGUCUCAAGUUCUAGAAAUGUCUACCUUAACCAUGGACUCCAUGUGUUGGCGUUUCCCUCUCUCGCUUUCUACUUGACGUCAGUGGAUUCCUUAAAAUCAGGAAUGCCUCAAUGUUUAUUGUUAAGCAUUAAUUCUCACUGGAGAAUUAUAAUACUUUUUCCUAUUUUCCCAGUUUCUUGACUCAUUGUUCUUGAGAUUCAGAAAAAAAUAUCCCAAAAAAUGUCAGGAAGGACUUCCCGCAUAGAAAUACUGUUCUGGCCUGAGCUGGAUCGGCAAGGCACGUCUGCUGCAGAAAUAAUCACCAAGUAUAUCGUCAAGCCCAGUCACUGAAGCUUGAUGGUUUCAGGGGCCUCAGAGCCAGAAUAUCCAGUUAUGGAGCCUAGCUCUGCCAGUUUCUGGUUGUGAGACCUUGAGUAAGUCACUUUACCUCUCUGAGCUUCAAUUUAAUGGGUAGGAUGAUACCUAGGAAAUAAUAUACUUGCUUUGUGAGCCAUACUGUGGAAGGGUUUAAAGUAUGGCUUUGGAGUGAGUCUGAGGUUUGAAUCCAUUACUUACUACCUCUUUGAUUUGGGGCAAGUUCUAACUACUCUGAGCCCCAUUUUUCUCUUCUGUAAAAUGGGAAAACUGAUUGAGCCCAUUUCAUAGGGUUUUGAUGAGUUUAAAUGAGAUCACAUGAAAAUGCUUACUGCAGAGCAUGGUACAUUGUAAAUGCUUGACAAAUGUGGACCAGUGUCGUAUUAUCUGCUGUAUCUACCUCACAGGGCAGUUGUGAGGAUGGAAGGGAGAUUAUGUUAUGGGAGUGCUUUCCAAGCUGUGAACUGGUAUCCAUGCACUUCUCGUUCCUUCAGAGAUGGGAUGGUCAGAAGAUACUGGCAGACGUUAGUGGUAUCUCCAAGUAAGGGGCCUGAGAAUACUUAUAUCCAUAGAAGGUACCUGUGUUGAGGAGGAGGUGUCACCAUGGUUAUCUGGAAAACAGGGUUUAGUUUCAAUUAAGUAGGCAAACUCCAGCAUCAUCUGACUUGGGGUACAUUUAGGGGACUGGGGAAAGCUGAUUUUCAGCAGGAGCUUUUGGAGAAAGGGCAGUGUUAAACAGAACCUGCCCACUAUAGGUUAGGUUUGUUUAAUAGGGACUGAGGCAGGAGAAGGGGACAUGUGAUAGAAGAUGAUGGGGGGGCCUCUUUGACUCUUGUCUGAAGCCCUGUUAUUGGCUGAACUUAGGAAACAUUCCUAUUAACCAGAACCAGUGCUUCCUGCUCCUGCUGUGCAUGCACCUACAGUGCUCAUUCAUUUGUAGAUUGUAGACCAAACAUGGAUCAAAGGGCUUUCCAAAGGUGAUCUCAUGUAAUCUUGACAGCAACCUGGUAAAGUAGAUACUAGCACUACUUCUGUUUUGCAAAUAAGGGCCCAGAGUCUGGGAAAGUUAAGUCCGUUGCCCAACGUCACACAGCCUACAUGUGGCAGAGUAAGGAUUCUGACAGAGUCCGAGGCCUAAUCCCCACCAGGCCACCUCAACGGACCAGGUGCCAGAGCUGAGCUUGAACAAGACAGAAAGAAACACAAAUGUGUGAAUUUUAGCACCUAAGUGGCCUCCUCUCUUGCCUUCUGUGACAACUCUCUCUCUCCUGGUAUUACUCCUUUUCUGGACACUGUUUCUUUGCUUCCAGGGAAGUUUUUCUCUCCUUAGCCCUUAUAUCCGGGUCCUCUGAGCCCCAUCCUUGAACUCUUUUCUCUUUCUUUUGCACAGAUCUGUGAGGGAUCUUCAUGCCCACAACCUCAGCUGCUGUCAUCUUUCAUUCCAAUCCAGACUGCCCCUCUGAGCACCACCAUGAUCCAGCCAACUGCCUCCUUGACAUCCCUUCUCUGAGGUUCCAGGCUCCCAACUGAAUUCAUCCUCUCCCUUAGCAUGCCUCUCCUCCCGAGUCUCCCUUCCUCCUUACCAUGGCCUCUUAAUUUCAAAUACUGGCACAGCAGCUGGGAAUCCAGAAGCCAUCAUAGAUGAGGCCCUCGAGUCAGUUCUUGGGACAAGAGAUGGACUGUAGGGCCUGUUCUCUGAGAGCUGCCAAGAGUUUGGGGGUGAACUUGGAGGGUGGAAUUCAUCAUAUAAUCAGCUGUCUACUAAGCACCCAGCAGUGUGCCAGGUCCCAUAGCAAGAGUGAAGGAUACAUUCUUCAUAAGACAGGAUCCCUGGCUUCAGGGAGCUUUCAGGCUACUAGAGACAAUGGACAUUAAGCAAUCCUCCCAAAAUACAAACUCUUACAAACAGUGUUAAGUAGUGUGAGGAAAAGUUCAGGGUACUAUGAAAGAAUAUAAUAGAUCUAUGUUAGGUUGGGGAAUUUUGAGAAAGUGACAAUUAUUGUAACCCUGAGAACUGAGCCGGGGGAAGAGAAUUCCAUAUAGAGGCAAGAAUUGGUGCUUGCACAAAGGCCCAGAGGUGGGGAAGAGCUUGGUAUGUUGGAAAAACUGAAAGGCAGCCCGUGUCAAUGGAGCUGAGUGUGCUGGGGCGUGUGGUCAAGGUCAGACUUGACGAGCUGGCUGGGGACAGUGGCAGGUGCCUUGUGGGUAAGGAGUCUGGGUUUUUUGGUUAACUUUUUAUUUGGAAAUAACUUCAGAGUUACAGAAAAGUUGCAAGAAUAGUACAAAGGACAUCUGUACGUCCUUUACCCAAAAUUCACCUGUUGAAAUUACUUGCUUUAUUUUGAACUAUUUGAAAAUAGGUUGAAUACAUCAUGUUCCUUUACCCCGAAA